AUGGAGGUGGUGGAGCCGGCGGUGGUGGUGAGCUGCGAGUGCUGCGGCCCGGAGGAGGAGUGCACCGGCGAGUAUAUCGGCGGCGUGAGGGCUUACUUUGGGGGCUGGUGGCUGUGCGGGUUGUGCUCCAAGUCCAUCAAGUAUGAUGCAGGCCGCAGCAAGCGCAUCGAGUCCAUGGGCGUGGAGGAGGCCGUGCGGGCGGACAUGGCGUUCUGCCGUCUGCUGCAGCGCGGCGGCCCCGCGGAGCGCGUGGCCGAGGGCAUAUGCCAGAUGCUUAGGCGCACCGCAUGCGAGAAGCAGCUGGCAACCUCAUCGUCCUCGUCGCGGCAGACAGCCCCGGCCACGGUGGCGUCAGAGUCCGGGCACCACCGCACCUCGGUGCCGUCCGCCUGA